GCUAUUUAUUGUAAACAUUCGCUUUAAACACCAACACUUUCGUGUAAUCAAAAAAUAUGGAAAAUGGGCUAGGAAAUCAGUCAAACAAACUUAUUCAAGAUUCAAGACGUACCUUAUACUUAGAUUACCUUCCUCCAUAUCAAACGGAUACUGUAAAUGAAGUUAUACGAGAAAUUCGAACAGCAGAGCGAGAGUCGCUUGGAAUUUUACAAGCACUUACAAAUGGAGGAGAAGUUGCGUUCAAUCCUAUGGAACAUCCUUCUGAAGCAUCAUCUUUGCUCAUGUUUCACACUUCCAAUUUGUACAAUAAGAGAUGUUUGAUGGCAUAUCACAACCUAAGGCUUCGAAGUAUACGGCAAUAUUGUUGGAAUGGUGGUAAGAGAAUGGAAGCUUGCAUUGAUACUUCUUUAAAUCAGGCUGAACAGGAAUAUCUGUUUCGAUAUUCAGAACUUGUUGCUGCAUACAAAGGACCAUGGGUAGAUUUGGACUUAACAGCGUCUGUGGUGCCUCCAAAAAAUUUGUUCAUAGAUGUUCGUGUUUUAAAAGACGUAGGCGACAUUGAGACGGAGUUUGGAACUAUUAGUCUCACAAAGAAUUCGCAGCUGUACAUCCGAGCGACAGAUGUUGAACGUUUGAUCGCGCAGGGUUAUCUUGCUAGACUUUCUUAGAUUUAAUUUUCUUUUUAUUUCUUUAAUUGACGGUGUAUUUAUUUCAAUCAUUUAAACAAAGAGACUUAUAUUACUAAAACCAAACUUUU